GGAACAGGGAGGGAGGGAGCAAAUGGGGAAGGGGAGAUGGGGCCCUCUCCUCUCGUAAAGCUCCCCCACCCCCAAUCUCUCUCUUUCUCUCUUCCCCUCAUUUUUGAUGCCAUCCUUUUUCUCUCGUUGCUUCGAAUCGCAUCGCAUCGCAUCGCUAGUUGGAGUUUUUUCUUCGGAGUGUUAGGUUGGCUUAGCUGCUCUUCUUUUGAAUUGAGUUUGGAAGCUGGAAGUAAGAGCUUCAAUUGAGUAUUGAUCAUGAACAGUUCCUGUUCAGAUCUCGUUUGGUAAAUUUCUGAGAGUAAAGAGUGUGUGUGUGUGUGUGUGAGAGAGAGAGAGAGCGAGAGAGAGAGAGAGGGGAACGAAGAGGGAUUGGUUACGAGGUAGAGUGGAUUUUAUUUUAUUUUUAUUUUUGUUUAUUUUUCCUGUAUUUUUGUGAUUCUCGGUAGAGUGUACCGUAAUUCUUAAAGCUUAGUUGAAGAGGUUUGGAUUACGGGAGUUGUCGGAUUCGAUUGUGGUUUUGACGUUGAGGAAGGAGCUUGAAGGCUCCGCCAUCGGGGACGGAUGCCGUCGAGCUUGUUGUCUCGGUGUAAUUGAUUUCUGCCUUGCGGCACAAGUUUGAGUGCCUGUUUGUUGUUUUAUUUUGCUUUAUUUGUUAUGCGUGGUAUGGAGAAGGUAGCGGUGAUGGCGAGGCUUCUUGUGGCCCUGGUGCUUGUGGUCGUGGCACCGAGCAUGGGAGCUUUUGUGGUGGAGGAAAAUAGUCUCUCGGUGAUAACCCCGGAGAGCUUGCAAGGGACUUACCAGAGCGCUAUCGGUAAUUUUGGAGUGCCGCAGUAUGGCGGCACGCUGUCGGGGUUUGUGGUACUUCCGAAGGUGAACUUCAAGGCUUGUGAUGUGUUUCCCGCCGAUCACUUUCGGGCCAAGCCCGGCGCUCGCCCCAAUUUCGCCCUCGUCGAUCGUGGCGCAAGGAUUGCUUCGGAUUUAAAUUUUUUCUUAGUUAGUGGCUACUUCAGAGAUUGUUACUUUGCAACCAAGGUGUGGCACGCGCAAGAAGCCGGCGCCGCGGCAGUGCUUGUGGCGGACAACAAGCAGGAGGAGCUCAUAACCAUGGAUUCUCCUGAAGAGGAUCCCGCGGCAUCCCAGUACCUAAAUAACAUUUCUAUUCCAUCUGCUCUCAUUACGAAGGACUUCGCGGAUAAGCUGAAGAAAGUUUUGAACGGCAACGAACUGGUGACCAUGAAGCUCGACUGGCGGGAGUCGCUUCCACACCCGGACGAGCGCGUGGAGUACGAGUUUUGGACCAACAGCAACGACGAGUGUGGCCCCAAAUGCGAUGCUCAGGUCGAGUUUGUGCGCAAUUUCAAGGGCGUGGCGCAGAUCCUGGAGCGCGGGGGUUACACUCAAUUCACUCCUCAUUACAUCACGUGGUAUUGCCCUCAGGCAUUCAUUGAGAGCAAGCAGUGCAAGGCGCAGUGCAUCAACAACGGUCGUUACUGUGCUCCAGAUCCUGAACAGGACUUUUCCGUAGGGUACGACGGGAAGCAAGUGGUCACCGAGAAUCUCAGGCAGCUGUGCGUGUUCAAGGUCACGAACGAAACCAGCCCCCGACAACCAUGGAAGUGGUGGGACUUCGUCACUGAUUUCCAGAUUCGCUGUCCGAUGGAGGAGAAGAAAUAUGGCCCUGCGUGUGCCGAAGAAGUCAUUAAAUCUCUUUCAAUCGAUGUGGAAGCCGUACGCAAGUGUAUGGGCAAUCCAGAUGCGGACGAGGAGAAUCCAAUUUUGAGAAACGAGCAGGACGCGCAGGUUGGUCAAGGCACGCGGGGAGAUGUAACUCUCUUGCCGACUCUCAUUGUCAACCAACGGCAAUACAGAGGAAAAUUGGACAAGACGGCAGUGUUGAAGGCUAUUUGCUCAGGUUACCAAGAAUCCACAGAUCCCCCUGUUUGCUUGAGCGACUCAGUGGAGACGAAUGAGUGUUUGGACAAUAACGGAGGGUGCUGGAAAAGUGGCACCUUAACCGCUUGCCAGGACACUUUCCGAGGUCGAAUUUGUCAAUGUCCUCUUGUUUCUGGCGUCCAAUUGGAAGGUGACGGCUACACUCAUUGCGAAGCUAAUGGAUCCGGGCGUUGCAAGGUACUGAAUGGUGGGUGUUGGGAGGAUACCAAGGGGGACAUCCGGUAUUCGGCUUGCCAGGAUAAUCAACACUCAGGGUGCCAGUGCCCCGAAGGCUUUAGAGGGAACGGAACCGCGGGUGCCGAUGGUUGCGUAGAUAUCAACGAAUGUAAAGAAAAGACCAAGUGCCAGUGUUCUGAAUGUAAAUGCACCAACACUUGGGGCUCCUACAAUUGCGAAUGUUCUGGCGGGCUUCUCUAUAUGCAGGAGCAUGAUACGUGCAUAAAUCGGAUAAGUUCGCAAUCCAAGCUGGGCUUGACAGUAUCACUUAUCGUCCUGGCUGGUAUCUCUGUUCUUGGGCUUGGUGGCUACGUUGUCUACAAAUACCGUCUCCGGUCAUACAUGGAUUCAGAGAUUCGAGCGAUUAUGGCUCAGUACAUGCCGUUGGAUAGUCAGAAUGAUUCAGUCCAGACUCACUCUCAGGAUAACGAUGUGUGAGGUUUCACAGCCUAAGUGGAACCUUAAUUGAGUCGAGUGUUUGAGACUUCAUUACUCUCUCAGUAUUAUAAAGUAUGCAAGAGGCGUUGCUAGAACAAUUGCACUAGAACGAUUCUUGGAGCAAGUUAGCAUAAUGUCAAGGAACGGUGUAAGAGACAGUGCUGAUGUAUUUAGUAGUGAUAGGUACUUAUGAAGAUGCUCAUGUGUAAAUUGAAUGCAAGAAGAGAGGAGGAUGGCGAGCCGAUAUAUAGAGAGAGAGUUAUAGGAGUGCACGCUUUUUUGCAUCGUGCAAAAUCGGUUACAAUCCUCCUGCUGAUCAAUUGCAACGGUGGGGUCCUUGCAGUGACUAGUUUGUGUAAAGCAGGAGUCGCGAUGACAUUAUUGUCCUGUCACGAUCCACCUUAACGUAUCUAAAUAAUUGAAGUUCUGUUUCUGUUUGUAUC